AUGUCUGGAGUCGUCGACGCCAUCGGAGUCAUCUCCGGUCUCCUGACCAUUGUGUCCUUCAGCAUGGACAACUUCGCCAACGACCAGGACCCCGGCUCGACCAUCAAGGUCGCCGUUGCCCUCGACGGCCCCACGGGCACUGAGGAUGCUGGUGGUGAUCUGCCCGAUGUCCGCAUCUGGAACGACUUUGGCGAGUUCAAGGCCAUCACCGCCGACCCAGGCAGCGUGGGCAGCGGCACCGUCGGCACCGUCACCGUCGACCACGAGCAGCAGGGCGUCUACUCGCUCUUCUCCGCCAACAACGACGCCAUCUGCAUCGCCUGGGUCACCACCACCUGGGCCGACUCCGCCGGCGGCAACAAGUACGCCGUCUCGGGCGACUACGGCGAGGCCUGCGGCGGCACCUGGUACGAGUCCAACAUGUGGACCAACGGCGACAACUCCUACCAGCCCAAGUGCUUCUGGAUCGACGGCGACGGCGACCAGCCCAACACCGGCUUCCAGGUCCGCUGGCCCCGCUACUCCUCGGACAUGUUCGACGAGGGAAACACCGACCCUGCUGCUAUCUGUAAUGACAUCGACUUUGGCCUCCGCACUGAGUCCGACCCCAGCAGCAUCAACUACUGGACUGAUGCUAAGAAGCGCGCCCUGAACGACCGCCGCAUGCGUGCCCGCCGUGAUCUCCGUGCUCGCUGGACUGAGUCUGAGCUGGUGAUUUCCGACUCCCAGCACCACUCGGCCACCAAGCUCUGCGGCUCUGAGACGUCCAUGGGCCCUGACUUCGUCCACGUCGAGGAGAACCUGUUCUGCGACAUGGGUGCUAAGAAGGCGUACUCCCUCUGCGGCAGCUCCAACACCACCGAGGAGACCUGCUUCGAUCUCGAGUCCAAGAACCUGGUCACUGGCGGCGUCGUCAAGCGGGCCAACCCUUACACUGGCAUCCGCGACUGGCGCUCCAAGACCACCGCCACCAACUAG